AUGAAUUCUUCUGUGAGCUUGUUACUGUCUCUGCUAUCUUCUAUUGGAUCCACGUAUGAAUUGAUGCCCAAAUGCUGGCUGAUACUAUCAGAAAUCUACCAGCUUCAACAUUCCUCAUCCUCAGAGAGUAACCUCACCAUACUGACCUUUAGUGAUGGGCUUUAUGAUCCAGAAUGUGAAUGUAAUGGGCUGUUUAAGGCUAAACGGUGCAAUAGCACAGACGUCUGCUGGUGUAUUGACAGAGCUGGAGUUCGCAGAAACAUUCAGUGUGAGGAGCUGCUGGUGACAAACUGGAUUCGUGUUGAGAUAAAGCACAAGGUAACCAACAUCUCUGUGGAAAGUUCUCAGUUGCAGAACAUCAUUCAGGAACAUUACAAAAUGGACCCAGAACUAAACGACACCAUAGACAUCAAGUAUGAUGUUGAUGCCCGGCUCAUCACCAUGGAUUUACGAACAACCAGUAAUGAUAAGAUACAGGAUCUAUAUGGACUGGCCUUCUACAUGAAAAGAAAUCUUAAGAUGAAGUUGCUUUCCAGUGAUCAGAUCAAACCUGAAUCUGUAGUAGAAGGGGAAGAGCUGGAGAUUGAGAGCAUCCUGGUAUAUUAUAUGGAUGAGAAGAAACCUACAAAUACCACACAAAAGCUCACUACCAUCAUCCUAACAGUCACUGGUGUGCUCAUCCUGACAGUAUGCGUAGGGAUUGUAAUUAUGUUCCUGAUCAGAAGAAAUAAGAGGGGCAAAUAUGAAAAGGCUCAGACAAGUGAAACAGAAGAGAUUUAAAUUCUAAGCUGAACAUCUGGUGGGUGGAAUAUUGACGAAACAACAAAACAUCUGGCAAAUAAUUUUAACUAGUGCGAGUUGAAAAUGUUUAAAGCAGUAGAAACAUUUUUGUCAUAUUUGCUAA